CUGUCGGAGUCAGUUGAAGAGCUGGGGCGCGGGGGUGCCCGGGCGCGCGCCUCACUCGGCCUGUGCUCAGUUUCAGAAUGGCUGCGCCUGCUGCCUUUCCUCGGCGUGCUCGCGCUGCUGGGCUAUCUUGCGGUUCGUCCAUUCCUCCCGAAGAAAAAACAACAGAAGGAUAGCUUGAUUAAUCUGAAGAUACAAAAGGAGAACCCCAAAGUGGUGAACGAAAUCAACAUCGAAGACCUGUGCCUGACCAAAGCCGCGUACUGCCGGUGCUGGCGCUCCAAGACGUUCCCCGCCUGUGACGGAUCACAUAACAAACACAAUGAGUUGACAGGCGACAAUGUGGGCCCACUAAUACUGAAGAAGAAGGAAGUUUGAGGGUGAUGGGUCAGGGUUGAAUUCAGUUAAAGCUCCAGCAGUAUUUUCCAGUUUUUGUGUAUAGAAGACCUUUCACAUGGUGGUUUUAAUUAUUGCUACUGUUUGAUAAUUAUUUCUGCCAGUUUUCCUGCUAUACUAUGGUUUAUAUUUGAUACUUUGUAUAUUGUCAUUUAUGUAGAAAUUAAAUCAUGCAGUCCUUGUGUUCUGACUUGGAGGAAUUCAUGUAUAAUAUCUUCCUAUAAUAAAACCAAUACUUGUAAUUUUAAUUGUAAUUUUGAGAAAAACCUAUGCUUUGGCAGUAGAUACAAGGCUGUUCCUUUGAAUAUCAGUAUUUUCAACUGAAUCUGUACUUUGAAAUGUUCUCCCUUUGCUAUUAAAUAAAUUAUUUUUCAGAUUUC